GCUGAAGAACAGAUACACAGCCUGGAACUUCGUGCUCGGGAAUCUGCAGAGGCUGAAAGCAAGCAGCGCGAGACUCUGCGGCGACUUUCACAGAACAUUCAGGACUUGGCCAACGCACUGUCAAAGCAACAGGUUGGCCUUGUUUCGCCUUCAAGCCAGGCCUUCGAAGCCCCAGGUGAAGGCAAUGUGCAUCGACUCCAGGAGCGACUGGAGCGAGCUGAGAUGUUCCAAGCCGACUCGCAGUCGCUGUGGCAGGUGCAAUCCCUGAACAUCAAGACUCUGCGGGAGGAACUCAGGUCGGCUCCAUGGUGCAGGGCAAUCUCGGAUCUCGAGUGCGAGUUAAAGGCUCUGCUGGCAGGGCAGGUGGAGGACUCCGCUGCCGCACUGCACUCCGUAGCGCAGAUGAUUGAGGCCGGCGUGGCUCGGACGGAGAUAGAGCCCAGGGAUCCUCGUGCAAGCGAAGAGGAGAAAUGA